CCCAACCGCGACUGAGCCGCCGCAAGCAAUCAUGAAAUACGUGCUCGUUUCCGGAGGUGUGAUCAGCGGCGUGGGGAAGGGCAUUAUAGCCUCUUCGACGGGCUUGCUGCUGAAGACGCAGGGCCUGAAGGUGUCGUCUAUCAAGGUCGAUCCGUACCUCAAUGUCGAUGCCGGGACUAUGAACCCUCGCGAGCACGGCGAGGUCUUCGUCCUGUCCGACGGCGGCGAAGUCGAUCUCGAUCUCGGCAACUACGAGCGCUACCUCAAUAUCACCCUCACGCGCGACAACAACAUCACGACUGGCAAGAUCUAUCAGCAUGUGAUUGAGCAGGAGCGCAAGGGCACGUAUCUGGGCAAGACGGUCCAGGUAGUCCCGCAUAUUACGGAUGCGAUUCAGGACUGGAUCGAGCGCGUUGCGCGGAUACCCGUCGACGACACGAACGAGGUGCCGGAUGUGUGCAUAAUUGAGCUCGGCGGCACGGUUGGCGACAUAGAGAGCAUGCCGUUCGUCGAGGCAAUGACUCAGCUGCGCCGACGUGCGGGCAGGAACAACUUCCUCCAGAUUCACGUUUCCUAUGUGCCAGUCAUCAAUGGAGAGCAGAAAACGAAGCCUACGCAGCAGGCUAUCAAGGCGGUCCGUAGUGCGGGCCUGGUCCCAGACCUUAUUGCCUGCCGCUGCGAGAUACCUCUGGACCAAGGCGCUUUGGAGAAAAUCGCACAUCACUGCCAAGUCGACAAUGAUCAGGUCAUCAUGGUUCGCGACAUGCCCUCUAUCUACCAGGUCCCCAUGCUUCUCGAGCAACAAGGUCUCAUCAGGUCCCUCAAGAAAAUCCUGGCUCUCGAUACCCUCACAAUAUCCGAAGUCCUUACCAAGCAGGGGAAGCAGACCUGGGCGCAAUGGCAAGCCUUGACCGGAACGCAAACCCGUAACUUCCACGAUACCGUCGAAAUUGCGUUGGUGGGCAAGUAUACUGAGUUGCACGACUCCUACCUCUCGGUCAUCAAGUCGCUUGAGCACUCAGCCAUGCGCUGCAACCGCCUCCUCAAGAUCCGCUGGAUCGAUUCAGAACACCUCGAACCAAAAACGCAGACCUCGGAACCGGCCAAGUUUCAUUCCGCAUGGCAUGCCAUGUGCGAAGCCAAGGGCGUCCUCGUUCCCGGCGGCUUCGGCACCCGUGGCACAGAAGGCAUGAUUCUCGCCGCGAAGUACGCACGCGAGAACAAGGUCCCGUACCUAGGUAUUUGCCUAGGCAUGCAGAUCGCUGUGAUAGAAUACGCACGCCACAUCUGCGGCAUCACCGACGCCACCUCAGAAGAGUUCAACACGGGCGCUGCCAACAACCUCAUCAUGUUCAUGCCCGAAGUCAACAAGGAGACCAUGGGCGCAACCAUGCGCCUCGGCCUGCGCCCCACGCUCUUCCAACCAGGCAGCGAAUGGUCCCGCCUCCGGGCACUCUACCAUGGCAAAACAGAGAUCCUGGAGCGACACCGCCAUCGCUACGAAGUCAACCCGAGCUUCAUCACGCAGCUUGAGGAGAGUGGACUGUCUUUUGUCGGCAAGGACGACAAGGGCGAGCGCAUGGAGGUCGUCGAGAUCAAGGACCAUCCCUGGUAUGUCGGCGUCCAGUUCCACCCUGAGUACCUCUCGCGCGUGCUCGAUCCCAGCAGGCCGUAUUUGGGCUUUGUGGCAGCGAGCGCGGGAUUGUUGGAUGCGGUUACGCAGCAGUACCAGGAUUCGAAUGCGGAAGGUCUCGCGGCUACGCUCAAUGGUGUUGCGUUGAACGGGAGCGGGAUGUUCUAGAAGUCUGACCCUCAUGAGACCGAACGAUUUAUGCGGAUAGGUGGACAGUUUCAUUGACUUGAGUGGAUUUAUCAGGCGUUUGAAAGCACGGUCUUGCAUGGACGCGAUAUAGAAAAGUGCUAAAGUGGCGAUGGCGUAUUGUUGAUACCUCCGUGGGCUAUCACAUUGGUAGCUUGAAUAAAAGUCAAAUGUAUGUACAGGACAGAAUUAUACCAUACUCAGAC